CGCAGUGCGCAUGUAGAGUGUCCUAACACAGAUCAUAUGGUGUAUGGUGGGAAGUUGCCAAAAAUGAGGGAGUUUAUGAUUUCAUUGAUAAUAUUGUGAUACAUUUUGAUUUCGGGAAGCCGUCCAAAGCACUAUGGCAUCAUCUGUGACCCCAACAAGACUUUUGGAGAGCCCAUCGGUGCUGUCGGCUGAAAUCGAUCAACGUCUUGAGGAAGAUGGCCUUAACCCGGAAUGUCCGAGCGAGGAAAAACUCUACUAUAUUUGGAGGCUUUACCAAACGGCAGAGAAUGGGCUCGUUGAGAGUACAGAAAAACAGGAGCAGCUGAAGCGUUCCCAGCAGGAGGAGAUGCAGGAAGUGGAGAACUACGUGGAGCACAUUCGCCACCUUUCCGACGAGCGGGAGGCCCUCAUACAGGAGCUGGAGACGGAGAAUGACCAGCUGAAACAGGAGAUUGAGCGGUUCAGACAGGAGCAAAAUGCAUCCACACUUCGAGAUGAGACUGCUGAAAUGCUCAUACAGCAAGGGCUGGAAGAGAUAGCCCAAGCCCCAACCAGCGAACAAAUAGCGUUUCUCCUCGUUGAGAGAGCCCGAUUAUUGGACGAGCUCGAAGCAGAACAGGGUCGUAGCGCUUCAGCAUUAUCAGACGGGCGAGUUUCUGAGGACCUCCAGCGAACUUUGGACAAGGAGAAGGAAGAAUUCCUCGCCGAGUACGAACAGCAAAGGGAGAGCACUAAGGUAGAGUUGGAUACUCUUCGUCGCGAGCACGAGGAGGAGAUAAAUGUGGUGAUGGACGAGAAUCAGCGACUUGAAGAGGAACUGGAGACCUCAAAGAAACAGAUUGAGGAUCUCCAGACCAAGCUGAAAGAGAUGGAAGUGGAUAGAAAGAAGGAAAGGGAGAGUUUCGAGAAGGAGAAGGAAGGAUUUGUGAGUCCAGCAACAUCAGAGGAAACAGAGCCAUUAUCUCCCUUGAUGAAUAGUUUAGUUUCCCCAAGAUAUCCCAAGGCUUCCCCACGCCAGAGACCAGCUAGUCCUGCCAGAUCUCCAAACGAUGUUGCCCUCCGUCAGAUUAUAAGCGAGAAAACCAAACUAGAGGGAGAAAUUCUUGGCUAUAAAUCUAAAAUCAAGGGACAUGAUGCAGAGAUCGUAGCUCUUAAAGACAAGCUUUCCAAAAUGGAGAAGGACAACGAAGACAAUCAAAUGAAGCUCUCACAGCUGCAGGUGAAGAACAAAAGCCUUAAAGCUGAACUCGAGGAGACAGAACAGCAGUUAGAUGAGACAGAGUCUCAAGUGGAUGACCUGAAGAAAGAAAAUACAACACUUCAAAACACUCUGGACAGUAUAACUACAGAGUUCACUUCGCUCAAAUCUGAGGGUGCCAAAACUAUGGAGCUAAAUGCCACUGUGGACAAGCUUAGUGACGAGAACAAGCAGUUAACUACACAAAUAGAGUCUAUUAAACAAGAAAUGGACAAACUAAUAUCUGAAAAGGAUGAGCUGGCUAAUCAAAAGUUUGAGCUCUCAAAGAGCGAAAUAAAACUAACAAAUGAAUUGCAGGAUUUGAAAAGUGAACUUCACACUUUACGGACAGCUAAAGACGAAAUUGCUGGUCAGAAAAAUGAGUUGUUAGAAACUAAGACCUUGUUAGAUUCCAAAACAAUGGACUAUGAAAAAUUGUUUGUGGAUAGUGAAAAUAUGGACAAGGAGAAUAAGGAGUUAUUAAAUAGACUUCAGGCACUAGAGUGUGAACUUGAGUCAACCAAAAAAGAGUCACAAGGAAUUGCCAAGCAAGAGCUGAUUUCUACUCACAUGAAAGAUCAAAACAGCAAGCUCACCAAAGAAGUUGAGGAUCUCACAGACAAGCUUUACGCCAAGAAUGAAGAAUUAGAAGAACUAGAUGAGAAGCAUGAAAAGGAGGUUGAGGAUCUAAAAGCCAAGUUCCAGCUAACCCUGAAUGAACUUAGUAAAGCCAAAGCAAUGGUUGAACAAGAGAGAGAAGAAAACUCUGAACUCACUAAACGCAUGAUAGAGGUGGAACAGGAAGUAGAGGCGAAAUCUAGCUCACUGUCCGCACUCCAAGCCAAGGUUAUGGAGCUUGAACGGAUGGUUGAAGAGAAGGAAGAGGUUGAAGAUGAGUUGGCAGAGAGCAAGAAGAGGAAUGAUAAGCUUAUGAACCAGAUAGAUGAGCUGGAAGCUGCCAAGAUUGAACUAGAAGAUUCAAGAGAUAUGGUUGACCAGGAGAAGAAAUCUCGGAGUCAGAUGGAGCGAAGAUUCCAGGACUUGGAGCAGGAGAUGGAUGACCAGAGAAUGGAACAUGAGAACAUCCAGCAGUCUUUACAUUCAAAGAUAAAGUCAUUGGAGAAGCGGGUACAGGAUCUACAAGAAGAUCUAUUUGCUGCCCAAGACGAGCUGCAGGCAGCCAAUGAACAAAGUGAAAAGAAAUCUUCCCAACCUGGUAUUAAGGUUGGGGACAGAGUAAAGGCAUUGGAAGAGUCCAAGGCUGCCAAAGUAGAAUUGGAAGAGAGGCUGGUUGCAGAGCAACACAAGAGCACUGAGGCAGUUGCUAAGAUACAGGAAACCAGCUCAGCCAAUCAAAGGAUAGAAAAUCAGAAAUCGGAGAACUUAGAAAAGCAAAUAGAAGCAAUGAAAUCACAACUCUCAGACGCAAAUUAUAAACAAGAGUCCAUCUCCAAAGACCGUGACCUUUUACAACGAGAGGUCAAACUUCUUCGGGAGUCAACGAAACAAUUCGGCAUCAAGUCUGAAGAUGCAGAAACUAUGAAACAGGAAGUAGAUCAGCUUCGAAGGGAGCUUGAACAUUUGAGAACUUCUGCUCAAUAUGAUGAAGAAGAUCGGCAAAAACAUGUUGACAAAAUUAGAACACUGGAGAAUUUUACCAGUCAAUUGGAGUUGGAUAACAGGGAAUUAGCAAAUAAGCUGAACGAGAUGGUGGUAAAGUUGGAGACAGCAGAUGAACAGCUGAAACGAGAGAAGAAAGAAACCAUGGACCGACAACAGAAGGGCAGCUGGCAGCUCACUCAGGUUGAAUCCGACCUUGCCACAGCCAACAAGCGGGUGCAUGAACUGAGAGAGGAAUUACAGAAGAAGAAUAACACCGUGCUUAAACUAGAGUCAGAGAAAGUGGGACAGGGGGCAAAGUCAGAGAGCAACAUAGCAAGAUUGGAAGCCGAGCUGAAUGAACUGAAGACUUACCACAGAAAGGAAGUAGAUAAACUGACCAACAAGGCAGACACGGCCAACAAGGAGAUGAAGGAACUCAGAAACACUCUCAGGGAAAAAGACCAGGAGAUUCUUAGCAAGCAACAUGAAUUAAAGCGAGUGAAGGGUCAGUUGGAGAGAUUGGAAGCACAGCUUGGAACAGAGAGCAAGAUACGAUCUGACCUUGAGAAUAGGAACACCUCACUAGACCAGGAAAUAUCUAAGGUAUGGGGCCAGGUCCGUACAUUGAUGGAGAAGAAUGCUGGCCUGGAAACCACGAAAAGAAAUCUGGAAGAGGAAAUGGAGAGGAAGUCCAACACAGUGCGACAAGCUGAGACGUCGUAUGUUCAGUCAAAAGCUAGUCAUGACACCACAAUGAAAGCCCUGCAGAGUCGGGCAGAUGCUGCGGAAAGAAGGAUAUUUAGAGCAAAGUCUUUUCAAUACAAAAGUAAAUUAAAAUUUGAUAUGGACUGCCCGUGGAUGCGAAAGGCGGACAACCUUCAGCGGGAGUUACAAGAGACAUCAGUGAAGCUCCAGAACCUUCAAAGCCAGGUGUACCAGGCGGAGAACAGCAAUCUGGACCUCCAAGAUAAGGCUGAUAGAAUGUCCCAGCUCAAGAACCAGCUGGAUGGGGAAAAAUUACAGAGAAAUCUACUGGACCAGACUGUUACAGAGUUACAGCAGCAGGUGUCUAUGAUGAGACAGAGGGAGAGUAAGGUCCUAGAACAGAACCGGGAGUUACAACACACGAUAUUGGACAUGGAGAAUAAACUGGAUGAGGUUCAGGAUAGGAACCAGACAGCGUUUGAAAUGGACAACACUCAUUCUACUUGGAGCAGUCAAAAUCAGCUCACAAAUAGUCUCAGUGAGCUUAAAGCGUCGCAACAACAACACAUGACGGAAAUGGGAAAGCGAUCUAUGAUGGAACAAAUACUCAAACUGCAGAGCGACAUCAAGGACUUGCAGUACGAGUUGUUGACAGUCAAUGAAAGGCGGGAAAUUCUUGACAGGAAGUACGAAGAAAGGAAGGUCCGCACUAAAUCAAAGCUUAUGAAAGCCAGUGAUGGAAAUACUUUUGAAAACCCUCAUCAACUUGGAAUUUUCCAUCGACAUGGGGAGUUUUACACGAAGGAAAAGCACAGAGUCUCCGAACAGUUGAACAGAAUGGAUGAGGACCUGCGGUUGACAAGGGCGACGUUGCGCAAGGAACUAGACUGGAAGGACAAGAUGGAUGGCAAUUACAAGUCACUGCAGUCUGAGAAACGUGAACUGCUGUCACAGUUGAACGAAAUGGAGGAGGAUGUACGCGAGAAGAACCGCACCGUGUCCAUACUGCAGGUCCGCACCAAAUUUUUAGAGGAGGAGAAUUCGCGAUAUCAGGAUCGGAUAGACUCAAUAAUGCAGCAGAAACAUGGUUUAGAUAAAUUGUUAAAGGAGCAUAAACUCGGGAAAGAACGAGAGAAUCAUCGUCCAGUUUCACCGACUGACAACCCGAUAAGCGUAACCUUAGCAACCAGUAGUGGCCUUGGUAACAGUAUAACGUCAUCCUGGGACCAUGAGAACCUCGUUGAUACAAUUAUGAACUAUCACCCCCAUUCGCCGGAACAGUCCAACCAAUUCACCAAUCAGCGACUGGGUUAUUUUGGUAGUUACAAGACAACACCGUUACUAGGGUCAAUGGGCGAGUCCAUUGACUUGUACAGGAGAAAAGACGAUAAUGCAAGUGAUUCUGAUUUUGAUGCAGAUGAAUUUGAUGCUUGAGCAACUAGAUGUUACGAUAUCAUCGCAUUUAAGUUCAUGAAUGAAAAUACUGUGUAUCAGGUGUAGACACACAUUCUAACUUGCCAUUCUGAUAAACUGCAUAUACAUUCAUGGGAUGCCUAAACACAUAUACUUCAAUUAUUUAUACCUAUUCCAUAGCUUUUUUUAUUGGAUGAGUAUAUGACAUUAGUUUCUUAGGGGUGUCUUUUGAACAAACAAUAGCGAUCUGCUAAUCUUGACACUCUUUCGUAGUCACAAUAGUUUUAAAGUCAGUUCUUGUGUUUUGUUUCGUUGUCAAGAAUUGUGUUGUCAAGAAAUUUGAUACUGUGUAAUUAUAUUUUGACUAGUUUUGUAAGACUUGAAUAUUAUGUGUUUAUAAAAUAGUGCAUACAUCUGUAUGAUGCACUGGACAGUUGAUGCUUAAAUCUAGUUAUAUAAUACUAUAUGCAUUUACACAUUUGUGUUUUGUAUUCGUCUGUGAUAGAAAAAAACAAGUCCUAAUUAGUGUGAUGUAGAUUUUCAACAAUUAUAUCAGUAGUUUUAAAUAGAAACUAUUUUUUUAAAUAACGUAUUAUAUAUUUAUAUUAUUGUAUACAUCAAUAUAAUUUAUUUUAUUGUCAUGUACAUGUAAGUUAUUUAUUUAUUUCCAUUUUUAUUUUGUAUAUUUUAGGAGCCUAACCAAUCAUUUAUUGUCAUGUGAUAAACCGGAAUACCCUCAUCAAAAGUGCAGCUUAACUGGGUAUAGGUAUCAUGUUCCGAUAAUUAGAGGAACUUUACUUUCAUGUUUUUAUAGGUUGGCAACAAUUUUAUUAAAUCUUUAGGUAUUUAACAGGUGUUUUUGAUGGACAAACAGCAACUGGCUGAUACUAAUUUGGACAUAUUUUAGGAAAUUCAAUCCUAAAAUAGUUCAAUUUUCAAAAGCAUUACUAACAUUUUUCUGCAUAUAAAGCACACUUUUCUGGAUCAUUUCCAUUAAAUUGUGAGCCCUAGUUGAAACUUCUUUCGAUGUUUUAUCAUUGAAAAAUGCAUUUUCACAUUUCACUAAAAAUUAAAAGAAGAAUUUUGUCUAACCAUUUAACUUUAAUGAAUAAGUCCCUUUUAAGUCAAAGCAAUAUGCAAGAAAUGAUAAAGUUGAAUUACAGUAAUGUACUUCAUUCUAUUCUGGUUUGUUGUGUUAAUCACGCAAUUUAUAUUCAGUGCCAAUUUGUUUUAAACAAGCUGAUGCAUUUAUUUUCUUUAUGCGAUUGUAUUUACUUUACACUAAAUGCAUUGUGAUAUCCGAAUAUGUUGUCUGCGUUCUAUUUUACAACCAUUUUACAACCAAUAAUGUGAAAUUGGAAGACAGACAACAACCAGCCAAUAAACAAUGUUUUUUACUACUUGAACCUUGAUAAUAUCUAUUAUAAGUCCAUAAAUGCUGCUAUCAUGUGAAAUGUUCUAUUUAUGUUCUUUAUUUUUUUGUCAAAAAUAAAUUUAGACAAAA